GGGGGCGGCACUGAGCUGCGGCUCUCACUGCUAUCGGGAGCGGGCCGGGACGGAGGGACAGCCAGCCGGGUCCCAAAAGCCACCGAAGGGCUGUGUGCUUGAGGAGAGCAAUGGGUUAGGAAGUGAAGAAAUCAAGGCAGUGGACAUUGUCCCCCAGCUCCUUUGGUUUGUGACCCUCACUUUGUUUUCAGUGCUGCUGCUCUGUUUCUGGGCUUUUGGCACCGCACCAAGUGAGGCAGCUGCAUAGAGGCAUGCACCAUGCGUUGCGAUGUAGCUGUGUGCUGAACCACUGCCACCAGCAGAUCAGUUCCUUCUCAGGGUAUGGAGGAGAAACCACCUUUGCACUUGACAACUGAAAAGAGGCUGACAACACAACAAUGCAGCCCCCGUUUCAGAACGAUGAUCUAGACCUGGAAGCAGCCGUAGCACAUGCCCGCCCCCAGCUAUUGGAGUUCCUCAGUCACCAUCCCAACUGGCUGCUCACGACUUCCCGGCGCUUCCUCCCGGGGGUGGUCCUGAAUGGCCUGGAUGGCAUCACCGACCACAGAGGAAAAGUCUCAGUGCUCCUUGACCUGCUGGAGAAGGCUGGCCCUGCCACCUGGAAACAGUUUGCACAGUCCCUCUGCAUGGAGUGCAACCUCCCCCUGGAUCUGGAGAUACUGCUCUUAAGUUCUGCAGGAGAAGGUAACUUAAGCCAGAAGCAAGAAGCACACACAGAUGUGAGUGCCUGGUCGUCUGUGCCGAAAGGGUUUGCUCAACGUCGCCGUUGUAACAACUCUGUGAGUGAUAAGAAUGUUAAACAGCAACGACUAGAUUCACCUGAAAAGUACCGGCAUCUCCUCAUCGAUUUUAUCCGCCAGAGAUAUGGAAGCAGGAGAGCAGCAGGAGCAGCAGCACAGGAACAAACACAGCCACUGGCCUUCAACCAAGCCUUUGUCAACCUUGUCAUUCAGCAGAGCAAAGCCUCCCGCUUAAAAGAGAGAACAGAUAAACCCCGAGAGGGUGUGGCAGGUGCUCCCAAACCAGAAGAAUGUGCAGAUACAGCCAUGAAAGUGUCAGAUCUGUUUCGUAGUGUAGUCCCAUCGGGCACUACAAAGGUGAUCUUUUUAUUUGGUAAACCAGGUACAGGCAAGACCAUGCUAAUGCACUGGAUUUGUCAGAAGUGGGCAGAAGGUGCCCUACCUCAGUUUCUCUUCACUUUCCUGUUUGAGUUUCGGCAGCUGAAUUUAUUAAAAAGAAAAUUGACUCUGAAGGAGCUUUUGUUUGACCUUUUCCUUCAGCCAGAAGACAGCCCUGAUGCAGUGUUCCAGUACCUCCUGGAAAAUGCCUCGCAUACACUGAUCAUCUUUGACGGGCUGGAUGAGUUUGCAGCUAACAUGGACAUGUCAUCCUCUUCUAAGGGAGGCCCAACCCUUACCUCCCCUAUGUCCAUAUCUAAGCUCUUUGCAGACCUUUGUCAUGGGAAGCUUCUGCCUGGUUGCACAGUGUUGGUCACCAGCCGACCUAAGAGACUACCUGACUUCUUACUAAACACAGUAGAUCUGCUAGCAGAAAUUUGGGGAUUUGACCAUGAGAAGGUUGAGGAAUACGUCAGCCGCUAUUUUCAUCAGUAUUCAUUCAAAGAACAAGCCAUUGCUCACCUGAAGAACAAUACCAAGCUCCUCAGCAUGUGCCUCAUCCCAGCUCUGUGUUAUGUUGUGUGCAUCUGUUUGGAGUAUUUGCUCCUUAAACAUCAGAUGAGUGUGGAGCUUCCUCAGACUAUGACACAGUUUUAUAUCAAAAUGCUUCUCAUCUUCAUAAACAAGCAGCAGGGAGAGCAUGCGGGUGGCGAAGAGGCUCAGCUGAACUGUAACAGGAAGGCCAUUUUGGGUCUGUGUGAUCUUGCACUGAAAGGUCUGGAAGAUAAAAAGCUUGUAUUUUAUGUUGGUGAUAUUCCAGAGCAUGUGAAGGAAUUUGCUUCCUUACAUGGAUUGCUGACUGUCUUUGAGGUGAAGACGAAUGGUACUUGCCCAGAGGCUGGCUAUGCCUUUGUGCACUUGAGCUUGCAGGAGUUUUUUGCAGCACUGUGUCUCAUGGUAAGUAAGAGGGUGGACAAGAACUACCUGAAGAAGAAGUUCUCUUUGAAGUCAAAGUGGACUUUAAAGAAUGAGGCAAAGACCGAGUUCAUGGAGAGUUUUCACAUCUUUCUGUCAGGCUUGUCAUCAAAAGAAUGUAGGACAUUUCUCAUGCUGCUAGCUGAACAAGAUGAAGCUUGGGUGCAGGAUAAGCAGGACACAAUCCUGCAGUCUCUCAAGAAACUGGCAGCCACUCAUCUGACAGGGCCUAAGGUGAUUGAGCUCUGCCAUUGCACGUUUGAAACACAAGACCUCAAAGUAGCCCAGCACAUUGGGAGCCUGCUGAAUUUCAAGUACGAGUUUAAAAACUUUAGACUGACACCUCUGGACAUGUCGGCUUUGGUUUUUGUCAUGAACUCGGGCCAGCAUUUGACUUACUUGGAUUUUGCAGGAUGUCUCAUGGACAUUGACUGUUUGGAGGUUCUGGCCGGCUGUGAAAAUGUAGAGCAUUUGAGCUUUCGUAGUAGGAGAUGUGGUGAUGACUUUGCUGCUGCUCUUUCAAAGAGCUUACAAGGAAUGGGGAGCCUGAAGAAAUUAGAGUUGACAGGCGGGAGCAUGACAGCUGAGGGGAUGACUAACUUGGUCCAGGCUUCAUCACAGUGCCUUCAGCUUGAGGAAAUAAACUUGCAGGACAAUCGGAUACGGGAUCCGGAGGUGAAGAGGGUGAUGGACCUGUUUUCCAGAAUGGAAAAGCUGAAGAAAAUAGAUCUGAGCAGCAACGAUCUUUCCUUGAAUGCUGUUCUCCUUUUGGCAAAGGAAGUCGUCAUGUGUCAAAAUGCUACUGAGCUGCGUGUCAGGAAGGACACUGUGAUUAUAUAUUUUUCUGGCCCAUCUGGGAAAGUUCCAAGAUCUUUGCAUUUGAGGUGGGAAGAGAAGGAGGAACAUGUAACUCCAACUAGACAUGUGAAGUUAUGCUUGCAGGAUUGCAGCCUGUCUUCCCAACAUGCAGAGGAAAUCAUUGCCAUUCUCCAGAGCUGUCCCUCUAUCUCUGAAGUGGAUUUAUCAGGUAACAAGCUUGGAGAUGAAGGCUGCAGUUGCCUGCUGGAAAGCCUCACUUGGAUAUCAGUUUCAAAGCAGCUGGAUCUCAGUCAAAACCACCUCUCUGUUAAUGGCAUUUGCAGUCUGUUGAAGUCAGUAAAUACUUGCCAGAAGGUGAUGGAGGUACAAGUCAGCCUUUGUUGUGAGACUGCAGUCCUGAGGUUUACAGCAGACAGAGAGUUUGCUUCCCUUCCUCCUAGGGAAGAGCCUGUGUUCUCUACCGAUGACGAACAAAAUGGAGAUGAAAACCAGACACCUACUGCUUCAAAAAAAAUAAGACUGACAGACAGUCGUUUUCAAGCCAGUGACCUGGAAAAGCUGUGUGCAGUCCUGAAGGAAUGCAACAGCAUCUCUGAGCUGGACCUAUCAUGUAAUCAUCUGGGAGAUGAGGGACUUUUGCAGCUGUUUCGGUUCCUCCCGAAUUUGAAAAUGUUAAGUUCUCUCAAGCUUAAUGACAACCAGAUCUCCCUGAACUCUGUGUUUUUCUUAGCUCAGUCCUUAUCUACAUUGGAACACAUUAAAACAAUGAACCUCAGCUUAGGACACAUGCAGGUGGUUCAUCUAACCUUUUGGGAGAGAAUCAGGGUCAGAAGUACCAGCAGAUGGAGAAGUAGUUUCCUGGCGCAUCCCAAGCAUGAAGCAAAAGGACGGUGCUUUCGUCUCAAGGACUGCAGAGUGGGUCCAGAGGAUGUGACCAGGCUGUGCCACAUACUGGCUCAAUGUCCCCAGCUGACAGAAAUCGAUUUCUCUUGGAAUUUGUUUCCUUCCAUGUUUUACAGUCUGUCUGGAAAUUCAUUGAGUGACCAGAGCAUUGAGAGAUUACUGAGCUUCCUGCCAUACCUCUGUCAUUUGACACUACUGAGUAUUAGGAAUACCACAUUUUCCCCACGUUGCAUGGUCUUACUCAUCAAUUCUGUCAACCUCUGUGAGCGGAUCAGAAUGGUAGAAGUCCGGUCAAGUGAAAAUGCUUUUUUGCAUUUAGGAGCAAGCAUACAAAGCCAAAAGACAUCCUGCAGGCUGACGGACUGUGCCAUUGGUCAAGGGCAGAUAGAUGAGCUCUGCAGAGUCCUGGAACAGCAUGGGUGGCUGGCAGAAGUAGAUCUCUCCAGGAAUCAGCUGGGAGAUGAAGGCCUGAGGUGCCUCUUGGACCACUUGCAUCAAGUGCCUGUUACCUGUUCCCUCAAUCUCAGCCAUAAUAGGAUUUCUCAGGAUGGAGUUCUGCAUCUCGUAAAUGCCUUUGCCACAUCUGGAAAUACUACUGAAGUUGAAGUUAGUUUGUGCUCCAAAGCAACUUUAAUCAUCAAGUUGACAAGCAGAGAUGAUCCGAGAAAGUUUUUGAGACUCGCAGAGUGCAACUUUCAGCCAGAGCACUUGGAAAAGUUGUGCUUGCUCCUGGAGAAGUGUACUGGUCUGACAGAGUACAUAUCCUCAAAUAACAACGUGACAGUCCAAGCUGCAGAAAGGCUUCUGCAUUCACUGAGGAAAAAUCCGGGUCCUCUGAAAAUCAGCAUAGAGGAGCCAUGGGUAGGUAAAGAAAGCGUCACAAACCUUCUGGAGCUGGCUGUCCAGGCCUGUGGAAACAUAACUGAGAUUACGAUAUGUAAAGAUAAAACCCUCUUCCAAUUAGGCGUAAAGUUCCCACACUGCCUGGAGAAGGUGGAAUCAGUCGUUAGCAGAUUGCAUCUGUACAAGCCAGGAAUCAAGCAUGCUUGCUUCUACCAAAGGGUUCGUGAAAAAUGUGCUCAGCUUCAGGAAUUGAGAUGGUCUCAUGUUGAGCUCCACAAUGAUGAAGCAGAAAUGCUAGUCAGGAUUUUGCUACCUCUUCCAGAGCUGAAGAAGUUUGGGCUGACCUCUAGCAGUAUUAUGCCAACUGGAAUUGAUUACCUGAUCACAGGCUUGCAGAAUUGCCAGGCCAUUGAAGAGCUCAACCUGGGCUACAUGGAACUCAGCAGUGCUGCCAUUCCUAAGCUUGUGCUGGGAUUUCAUAAAAUGCCAUCUCUGAAAAGGCUUAUCUUGAACCAUAACAAUAUUAGUAAUGAUGGCUGCUCCAGACUCACGGAAGCCUUGAGGAAUAUGCACUACAUGGAGGAAAUCAAUUUAAGCCACAACAACAUUGGAGAUCCAGGCCUGAUGAAUUUAGCUGCUGUCCUGCUGGAAAUGCAGAACCUGAAGAGAAUCGACCUUUCAGGGAACAGUCCUAGUCCUGCUGGAGGGGAAAAGCUGAUGGAAGCUCUUGCCUAUUGCAAGCACAUCGAGGAGUUACUACUGUCAAGGAAUGUUUUUGGAGACAGGACAGCAGUAAAACUUGCCCUCUGUCUGCCUCACAUGACCAACCUCAGGAUCCUGCACUUGCAGAACAAUAACAUUGGGCCAGCAGGAGGGAUGGAGCUGGCCAGAGCCCUGGUGGUGUGUGGGCUGCUAGAAGAGAUAAGUUUAUCAGAAAAUGACCUUGGGGAAGGAAGUAUCCAUGCCCUGUCCGAGGGGCUGCCAUGCUUUGAACACCUCCGGAAGAUCGACUUGAAACUCUGUGGAGUCACUGAUGAUGCUUCAAAAUCACUUUCUUACGGCUUCCGACAAUGUCCUUCCAUGGAGGAGAUAAUACUGUCUUGGAAUGCCCUUGGAGAUGGAGGAGCCCGAGAGUUGGCAAGUGCUCUCCCGCGGAUGGAAAAGCUGAAGAUGUUAGAUCUGGAGAAAAAUCGCAUUGGCACCCGUGGAGCCACAAAACUAGCAGAGGAGCUUGCCAAGUGCCCAGAAAUUCAAUUCAUAAGGCUGUGGGACAAUCCAGUGCCCAGCGACCUUGCUGAGAAUUUGACAAGCCAAGACCCAAGGCUGUGUUUCUCUUUCUACUAGCAAAGAAGAGCCCUUGCCUGACUAGGAAUUGCUCUCUGUCUCCCACUGCCCUCAAAAAUUGCACUGAAGAACCCAGGAAUUCAAAGUUCCUACAAUUAAAAACUGUAACUAUUAGGUCUUCCUUCGUUGCACUGAACCAAGUGUGAACACAUAGUGGCAUUUCGUUUCUUGUGAGAUUUUAUAAUAUAAGACUGUAAAUAAUCGCUGCUGAGCAGGCAGUGUUCUUGGUGUAAAAACACUGAAACUCUCUUCAAGAGGAUGAGAUGCAUCUGCUCAGGCAUUCAGAAAGCCAGCGGAGUAUUUAAUUGACUUCAAUCAAGGUUACAACACCUACAGGGUGUUCCAAUAAAAGAAUGUACAUCCUCCAGGAGAGGAUUUAAAAUUAUUUACAAAAUUGUAAACGUUGUCCCUGUUACAAAUGCACUCAAACAGGCUGUUUGAAAAUUGUGUACAACUGUGUGUGAAAUAUCUCUAUGAUUUUUAGGCAAAAAAUGGUAGGCAAAAAAUGUGUUUUUGUUUGCUUCAUAGCAGGCUCCUUUUCCUACAGAAUUGCCUCAGUUUUCUAGUAGAAACUUCAGGACUUCUGAAAUUUCAAAUCAUUGCCUGCAAAUGAUCAAUAUUUAUACUGUGAUAACAUGGAAAGGCUGAUGUCACCAUAAAUGUCAAUGAGAACCUUAAAGUACUGAGGUUGUAAAACAAUUUGUAAGAAAACUGUGACUAUUCUGUGUGAGAGGAUGUGUGCUACUGACUAUUUUCAUGUGGGGUUUUGUAGACCUUUGUGGGGUUUUUGGAAGACUUGAUUGCACUAAUCACUUUGAGGUGAAGCGCGGGGUCAGUUAGCCUGAAAUGCUGACCACAUGAUAGAUCCUUCAAGCCUCUGCUAUCCUGAAUCCCAAAGCCUACGUGUCACUGGGCAAUGGAUGUUGGACCUGUGGGAACUGGAGGGAGAAGAUCCCAAACAUCAAGUUUGCUGCUCAGCGGAGGAGACGGACUACAGCUGCCCCUUACACAUGUGGAACACCAGUUUGCAUUGCAGGAGCAUGGCCACAUCAUUCUCAUUAUUUAUUAACUUGUGUUAUAAUGUUUUCCUUACGUGUUUGUGCUGUAAAUAUUUAAUCCUUGUGGUGCAUUUAUUUAUGGAAUUUUGUUUGCAGCAGUGUUUGCCUGGGGAGACAAAACUGAUCUGAUUUGGGCAGGGCAGGCAUUUGGAAUGAGAUGGAAAUGCUGGUCCAGCAAACCUUUGGGCAGAGGAUGUGGGCAGCAGGUGCUUGUUACUCCUGGGGGAGCCACUGUCCUUAUUUAAAGAUCAGCAUUGGACUCUGUGAGAUACUGGCAUUGUUGCGUAGAGGUGGGAUGCAUUUUGCAGUGACUGUGCUCUGAAAAGGAUUUAAAAACAAGAACAAAUUAAAAAAGGUAGUGAAAUUCCUUGUCAGGCCAUAAUUCGAUGAAGUAAUCAAGUACCUGAGAUUCAAACACUGGAAUUUAGGAAAAGCUUCACCAAAUGUGGCUUUUACUUUCAUCCUGUAUUUUUAGAUCUGGUUUGCAGAUGCAAAUCUUCCCAGCGCCCAUCAGAGGAAGAGUGUGGUGACAAAAGGCAGCAUCAUCACGUACCGAAAGGUGUCUCGAUGCCCUCAGCUCUUCACAGCUUUCAAGUUGAGCGUGUUUGUCAGCUGGGCUCUUCUCUGGCCCUGGUCUCCCAGGACUGCUUUUGGAAAUAUAAGAGAUUGGACAGAGUUUGCAGUAACAGUCCAUUUUGGUCCAGACUAUGAGCUGAAAAUUCUUUUUUUCCUGCAUUUUAAACAUCAUUUUAGUAGGACUAUGUGUGAUAAAUGACAGAGGCUGAGUUUUAUUCUGUAUGAAGAAGGAAAAUACUGGGAUUGGACUUAUUAAUGCACUUUGUGAUGGCCGUUUUGUCAUCUUUGGUAGCAACCAGAGCCAGAGCCUUUUGCUAUUACCACAGGCCCAUGCAUCGGGGGAAAACCAGAAAAUAUCACUGUCAAACAGAUCUUCGUUCAGCUCCAUUGUAUCGUCUCCUGAUGCCACCCACUCCUGCAUUUGAAUUUGUUCAGGUGUCACAAUAAUUUAUUUUUCUCCUCCUUUACUGGUGUGAAACAUGCCUGCUUAUUGUUUUUCCCCCUUUUUUGAUGGGGAAAAAUGUGCUUUAACUGAAUAAAUGAGAACGCUGCUUUGA